AUGGCGUUGCUGGAAAGCUCGGGCCACUUCGACCAAGAUGCUCAUGUUCGGAUCGCAAUGAAGUACUUGGAGGAGAAGAAGGUGAAGACUUUGUUGCGUGACUUGACGCAGUCGCUUCUUCUUGCUCAGCCGGCGGAUCCCAGAAGCUACAUCUUGGAAGAGCUGCGCUCUGAGACUUCUGGCCCUUCAGGCAAAGGCACUUCGAGCACGAGCCUGAACUCCAGCUGUGCUUUUCUGAAGUCUUCGAGAUCCUCUGCAAGAGAUGCGGUGCGCGGAUUGCUUCGAAGCGCGAAGGAGGGCUUGGGAGAUGCCGUGCGGGCUGUGUCUUUCUUCUCAGCUCCCAAGGGCCGUGGCCGUGGUGUUUUGGGCCUUGGCGAUGCGCGGCAGCUUGCCGGCGAUGCUUUCCUCUUGGUGGACAGUUCAGACGGUCGCAGCCCAGGGGAACCAGGUUCAAGCGUGGUCGCGGAGUGUAGCGUGCCCAGACGUUUGCAGAAAGCAGAGGCUCUGCUGUUCUGGUCAAGGCUUUCUCGCUUUGGACGCUGA